CAUUACAACAACUUUUUAAUUAACCUCUACAUCUUCUCCAGUUGAUUAACACAUCUACUUAAUUUCUAAGUUAUUUUUGUCGUUGUCCUUAUACGGUGAAAAUUAUAUGCACCGUGGAUAAGACGAAUCGGCUUUAUUGCAUUAACCUCUGAAAAGAGAUUGGGCGAGUGUUUACGGGCAGUGUCAUAUGACCGUUCUAUUUAAACAUUAAACAGGGAUGACCUGUUAUCAAGAAAAAGAUCGCCCACUGACGGGUUAUAUCAGUGGUAACGUCGCUUAGUGUUAAAACGCGAGCACCUCAGCAAAUGACAUAGUAUUAAUUGAGAAUCGUCGCUAAAAUCGACGACAAAUCAGUUUUAGUCAUUAUUUGACAGCGGUAUGUUAGCGUGUGUGUUCGAUAUAAAACGUUUUUAUGCGAAAGUUGGAUUUGGCAGCUGACAUUGUCAAGCAUGUCGCCACAACGAGGCAAACUCUACAUCAACCACGGGGAAGAUGACCAAAUGGAAGUCUACGGCUAUGAACGCAGCAUUGUGAAGACCAGCGUCACGUGGGUGUUCAUCGUGCUCACAGCGGGCCUGCUGCGGCUUUUCUUCUUCUGGCUCCCGCACCUGAUGGUCCGCGCCAUGAACAAGAGAUGCUCCCUCGACCGGGCAACGGUUCUCGUUUUUAGGGAUGAAUAUAAACAGUGGUUUGUGUCCCACGUGCACGUUGUCACAAAGGACGGUCAUCCCGUGAACGUUGGGCGUGUAAGGUCUGUGUCUGGAGGCAGCAACACCCCUCUAGCGGACGUAGAAGGCGCCAAGAAAUCUAACGUUAUACGGUAUUUCGUGACUAAAAAGAUUAAAUAUGUCUGGGACACCGAAUAUUCACAUUUCAUCAGACUCAAAGGUAUCGAGAAUAACGUCACUUGCAAUUAUUUUCACGAUGCCGCGUGCCUGUCUUUCAACGAAGUCUUCAGAAGUCGUGUACUAUACGGAUUUAACUCCAUCGACAUCCACGUCACGCCGAUCAUCAAACUGCUGUUUAAAGAGGUUCUGUCGCCCUUCUACAUCUUCCAGAUCUUCAGCUGUACGCUGUGGUUCGUGGACGAGUAUAUGUACUACGCCUCAUGCAUCGUACUCAUUUCGGUACUCUCCAUCACCGCCACCAUCUACCAGACAAGGAAGAUGCAACGUGCACUUCGGAACACCAUUCAGUCUUCAACUAUUGUUACUGUGAUCAGAAAUAACAACGAGUGCAUGGAGAUCAAUUCCGAUGACCUUGUGCCCGGCGAUAUCAUCGAGAUCCCAAGAAGUGGCUGCCUCAUGCAGUGCGACGCCGUGCUGGUCUCCGGCAACUGUAUCGUCAAUGAAAGCAUGUUAACAGGCGAAAGUGUUCCUGUAACAAAGACACCACUCCCGAACCCACGAUUCACGCAUGAAGACAGCAAGGUAUACUUCAAUGUCAAGGACCAUGCACGUCACAUCCUGUACUGCGGUACCCAUGUCAUGCAGACACGAUACUAUGGAGGUCACAAGGUCAAGGCCGUUGUAUUCAGGACAGCAUUUAGCACUGCAAAGGGGGAACUUGUUCGCUCCAUCUUGUAUCCAAAGCCCGUGGACUUCCGGUUCAACCGAGAUACAUACAUCUUCGUUGGCAUCUUGGGCGUUAUAUCUGUCAUAGGCUUCAUUUAUACAAUCAUUUUAAUGGUACGUCGUGACAAUGUCGUUGAAGACAUAAUCAUACGAUCCCUGGACCUGGUCACCAUCGCCGUACCGCCGGCACUCCCGGCCGCGCUCACCGUGGGGAUCGUGUUUGCCCAGAGCCGCCUGAAACGAGCGCGAAUCUACUGCAUCAGCCCACGCAGCAUCAACGUCUGCGGCAGCAUCAACACAGUCUGCUUUGACAAGACCGGUACACUGACUGAAGAGGGGCUGGAUAUGCACAGCAUUGUGCCGGUACAUGAUGGCAAAUUUGGGCUUGAGCUAUCGAGCGUUAAAAUGUUACCCCGCGGAAACAUGAUGGUGGGAAUGGCCACGUGUCACUCGUUGACUAUCAUUGAAGGCGUUCUAAGCGGGGACCCAUUGGAACUGAUCAUGUUUGAGUCCAUAGGAUGGGAACUUAAAGAACCAGGCAUGGAAGAGAGCAGUAACUUCGACACGAUCUGUCCCACAAUUGUGUACCCGAAGACUGAGGAGCCGGUGGGACCUGUAUAUCACAAUCUUACUUCAAGAUUCGAGAUUGGAAUUGUCCGUCAGUUCACGUUCUCCUCGAGCCUGCAGCGGAUGUCCGUCAUCGUUCGGCAGCUGGGCAGCGACCACUUCGACAUCUACACCAAGGGCGCACCGGAAAUGGUUUCCUCGCUCUGCGUCUCUGAUACCGUUCCGCCUGAUUUCCACGAUGUAUUAAUGACGUACACACGCCAUGGAUACAGGGUCCUCGCUCUAGCAUACAAGCCACUGUCCGACAGAUUAAAGUAUCCGAAAUUGCAGAGAAUUGAGAGGGAGCAGGUGGAACGCGGCCUCACCUUCCUCGGCCUCAUCAUCAUGGAGAACAGGCUAAAGCCGGAAACCACCCAGGUCAUCAACCAGCUCAACAGGGCAAACAUCAGAACCAUUAUGGUCACUGGCGACAACAUGUUGACCGCACUUAGUGUGGCCCGAGAGAGCGGGUUCGUGAAGCCCUCUGAGCCCAUCAUUCUCGUGCAGGCGUUCCCACCACAGACAGACGCCUUCGGUAACGUCACAGAAACGCCGCACGUGGAGUACGUCUACACAGACGCACGGGAAGACGUUGAAGACAACUUUUAUAGCAUGGAUAUCAAAGACGGUGGCGCCGACAUUGAGAAGGGCCAGGGACGCAUCUACCACUUCGCGGUCACCGGGAAGUCAUGGGCCGUACUGAAAGAACAUUUCUCAGAGCUGAUGUCAAAAAUUGUCGUACGUGGCACCAUCUUUGCGAGGAUGUCUCCUGACCAGAAAGCUCAACUUGUUGAAAAUCUACAGGACUUGGGUUACUAUGUGGGCAUGUGUGGUGACGGCGCAAACGACUGUGGCGCUCUCAAGACCGCCCACGCGGGAAUCAGCCUUUCAGAGGCGGAGGCGUCCGUCGCCUCUCCUUUCACUUCCAAGAAUGCCAACAUUUCAUGUGUGCCGACUGUUAUACGAGAGGGCCGCGCCGCUCUGGUGACCAGUUUUGGGAUUUUCAAGUACAUGGCCUGCUACAGUCUUACACAGUUCCUGUCAGUUCUCAUACUCUAUUGGAUCAGCAACAAUUUGACAGACUUCGAGUUCCUCUACAUCGACCUUAUCCUGUUGACAAGUCUCAGUGUCACGUUCGGACGAACACACGCCUACGGCAAGCUGCACAGAGUGCCCCCACUAGUGAAGCUGACGAGUGUGGCCCCCGUGUUGUCGCUGAUCCUGCAUAUUAUCAUCAUGCUGGCCGUCCAAGUCUUCUUCCUCUUCUACAUUAAACAGGCGUCAUGGUUUGUGGCCUUCGUAAUCGACCCAGAGGACGAAUAUAAUUACAUAAGCUACGAGAACAUGGCCAUCUACGUUAGUUCAACCUACCAGUACAUCAUCCUCGCCAUAAUCUUCUCCAAGGGCAAACCCUACCGAAAAUCCAUGUUCACCAACUAUGCAUUCCUCGUGAAUUUGAUAAUCGUGUUUGGAGUUACCGCCUGGCUGAAUAUUUAUCCUACUGAUGCAGUUGCGGAGUUUUUUGAGUUGCAAAUGCCUCCCGAUGUUCCAUAUCGUUUCAUAUUCCUGGGAGUUGGCUUUAUUAACCUGCUACUAUGCCUUCUUCUUGAGACGUUUGUCCUGGACAGCCAUUUUAUGACUGUUACGGUACAAAAUAAGCUGGAAAGAAUUCUACCCGGGGCACGCCCAAGAUACGAAGAGGUUGAAAGCUUGCUCCAAGCCAAUAGUACGUGGCCGCCUGUGACGUCGGAGGACCUCGCCAGCACAUUCCAGCGUCUGGACAGCGCGUAUCAGUCUAGAAGCACCCUCAACGAGAUGGACAAUCUUUCAUUGUCGGGCAGCGAGUCGGGCAGUAUUCGCCUUACAGCGUCGACCGGAAAACAAAGAACUAGAUUGGACAACGGGAUUCUAUCUGGAGUGGACAAUCCGACAUAUCACGGGGACGAACACAGCAACGAAUCGACCCGGCUGUAAUCCCUGACGUGUAGGUGACGAACACAACAACAAGGCAAAGCAUCUGUUAUUACGGACGAUAGGUAGUCAACAAAUUCAAGAGAGUUUUCAAACUUUUGAACAGUCGGUAUCUUGUUAAUCAAAGUAUGCCAUGAUACAGCUUCCAUUUCAUUUUGACAACGUACAAUUUUGUUUACCCGUCGAUUUAUAACCACGUGCAAAUCGUAUAGAGAUUGGUAUUGGUGUAUUUUGUAUUCAUUCACAUCCCACCAUCGUGGAACUAUUGCCAUAUUUAGUUAUUACUGUUUCUAGUCAACAAAUGUCGCACAAGUUUUAUUAGUGAAUGAGUAUUUUAAUAUAUUUGAUUUGUUAUUAUUUUUUAAACUCGAACAAACGAUACACUUUUUAUUGAGCUAAGUAUUAUAUUGUGCGACGAGGAAAAGUAAAAUAACCUUAAAUCAGUUAUUGUGCUUGUCAAAGGACAGCUAUUUUACUUGUAUCGAUCCUCAGGUAUUUAUUUAUAUUUAUAUCUAUACAUCGGUAAAACAUUGUUGAAUUUACUACCUUGGCCAAAUUUUUACAUUUACAUGUUUAGAGUUUUUCUCCUACAGACCCAAAUCAAACAAAGAAUUUUCGUAUCAAUUAAUGUAAAGUAAAGGAUGAAUAACAACUGCUCACUGAACUAACGGAAUAGGGAUUUCGUAUGAAUACCAGCUCACAUAUUAUCACUUUUUAUUUUCAAUUGAUUGUACAAAAUAAGUGCUAUUCCUUCCGUACUUAUAUUUCAUUUUCUAACAAUCUCUACUACUCCUUUAACGUGUAAUUAGUACAACUUCUGUGUAAACUAAAUGUAGAAACAACUAGAGUCGCCCGUUCAUCUUUGCAAAAGAUGACAAUUAUUGAUUAUAAAUGUAUAUAAACAUUAUUAUGCGGUUUAGUCAUAAUACACAUGCAAAGCAUU